AUAAACAUUCAGUUUGUAACCUACUUCAAUGCAAUAUAUAGAGGUUCCUUCUGGAUUUUCGAUGUUUAUUUCUAAUAGUGGGACAAGUUUGUGAUAAGACAUUGAUUCACAAUCUAUCAAUCUAAACAGGAUCCUUACGAGUAUACAUGCAACAGACCUAACAUUGGAAGACUUGAGUUAAAAUUAUAAAUAAAUAAAUCCCCGCAAAAAUGGUUAAUUACUACAUUUACGCAAAAGAUUUUUCUGGCUCAACUAGGGGUGUUAAAUUUUAUCACACCAAAGGCUUGGAGACACUGGAACAAUUUAAAAGUGACGUAGAGAAAAUCAAAGACGAACUAUUGCAUGCAGGAGAGCCGCCAACAGAAUCGAAAGUUAUUUACUUGCACUGGAACAAUGAAUGUGUAGAAGUUGAUGAAGACCAGACCAGAAGCACGUAUAAAAAUCUUCAUAGCGAUUGGUCGGGUACAAGACCAGAAACGAUCAUCCUUUUCCUAAAACAAAAAUACGCUUUAACUGAAAAUGAUCGGAUCAAGCUGCUAUAUAUCAUCACCGAUGGACAGAUAAAUGAAUCGAAUACAAGGGAAUGCUUCAGAUAUAACGAAGAUAUGUAUUACGAAUCGGUUGUCUUCCACGCCUUCAACGAGGACUUAAAUACUAUAGAUCUUUCUGUAGCUGCAUCCUUCUUCAAAAGCCGCUCCAAGGUUUAUCGAAACUGCCACCUAAUUGAUGUCACUGAUGUUUCUAAGGAAUUUGACUACAACAAAAUAAAUAUAAACAACUAUUCAGUCGAAAAAGAAGAACUGAAGUCAUAUAUAAAGUUGAAAUUCAUUGGAAAAACAAAACAAGAUGCAAAAUCUUUGCAAGAAAUUGAUAAGUUAAAGAAGCUACGUGAUCGCCUAUUCAAAGAAAUAACAUUAAAAACAGAUAGUGACAAACCAAAAAUCAACCUGGAAACGAAAGACAAGAAUAUCUUCCUCAGUGAAUUCGUUAAAACUGAUUGGUAUAAAAACCUAAAUUCAACAGAAUAUUCGGAAAAAGUUGAUGUCGAGAAAUCUAUCUCAACUUUGAUCAAUUAUAUCGUUAGUGACUCGAAAUCGUACUCUUUCGACGCCUUGAAGUUUGAUACAAAAUACGACAAAUCUGCUGAAACGGAGGAUAUAAACGAUGAUGUAAAUUUUACAGCCGAUGAAGAAAUUGAGUUCCCUGACGUGAUCCUUACCGAUGAUAAAGGAAUCCCUGUUGUGCUCCUGGCAGAGUUCAAUUUGAUGAAGAAAAUAAUUUUCCAUAAAACACCAUCAUCGAAUGUAGUGUCACCUGCCAGUUUUAGUAAAUUCAAAUCGACCAUGGAAUGUCCACUGUUUUUGGUUAAUGAUAAAGAUAUUAGCGAAUCCAUUGGCUACUUUUAUACUCUCAAUGUUUAUAAACAAUUGUUGGCAAACGAUGUAAGGACUGAUCCGCGAACUCGAAAACCGUUCCAUGGUGGCAUUGUGCUGUCAAGCACAGACUUCUUUGAUAAGUAUAACGACUACAUUAUAUCCGCAACCUACUUCGAUGGCAAGAAAAUUAAUUACAAUGUUGGAUUAUUUUACUAUGUACUAUGGAAAAACUGUGAAAACAAAGAAUGGAUGGACAAUAAUGUCGUACAACAAUUUAAGAAAUACGCUAUGCGAAGAAUAAGUCAGACAGUGUGCAAAAUUGGGCUGUCAUCUUUACCUCUAGAUCCUCCAGAAAUCACAUCACUACUAACAUCACUGUGGUACUGUGUUGAAUUAUCUUCAAAUAUUUUCAAAAAUGAUCCUCUAAAUUUCCAUCAUGAACGUCUGCGCAUGUUUCAUGGAGUAUCCCGCUAUAUGAUCGAAAUCCUAAAGUACUUCAACUACGAUUUAGAUCUUGAAUCCAUCAGUAAACGCAGGGAGCUCAUAAGCAAUGUUAUGCAUUUAAAGAGAAUCCCAAAUCCAAGAGAAAAAAUUUAUCAUUUAUUAGAAAAUAUUUUCAAAACUGAAGAAGGUUUUCUCAUCAGUGAAAUUGAUAAGCCGUGCAAUAUGUACAAACUAAACUACUUAAAAUUUGAUCACAGAAAAAUUCUGCCCGAGGAAGUAGUAGACCAGGUAGUUCAUCUGAAUGACUAUGUUCACUUUUUGCAUUGUGUUGGUGAUUUGGAAGCACCUAAAGCUGGACAACUCAUUCACGAAAUUUGUGAGAAGACGUUCCGUCCAUACUUUGUCAUCGACCAAAAUACAUCAUUUUACCAAGAAUUGGUCCGGAAUACCAGGAAAGUAGUUAUUAAAAACGAUGGCGACAAAGAUAAAAUCGAAGUAGACUAUGAACCAAUUGGAAAUCUUGAGUUUGACAGAAUCUUGUCUCUAUUUAAACUGUUUAUCGAUUGUGUGAAAGAUUCAAUAAAGUAUCCCACUUUAGUUGAGUAUAUCGAGUAUAUUCGUAAAAGAAAAAAGUUUUACGAGGAUACCGUAACUAUUUUCCCUUCAUAUGUUUACUUUGCUAUCAAAAACGUGUACGAGAAAUAUCAGAAAACAAUAAGUAAUGUCCCAGUUGAAGAAUUUAUAAAAAGGUCCGAGUCGUGUACAAAUCGAUUUGAUCGUGUCAAAGGAGAAGAAAGAGUGAAAUUCAAAGAUGAUGAGGAAAUUAACGAAUUCAUUUCUAGCGAGGAAUCAAAAGUACGUUUAAAAAAGAAAACAUAAUACAUUCAGCGGAUGAAAAAAGGUGAACUUUACGAGCCAAUACUGUCAAUAGUCCAGGAUCAUUAUAAUGCGAAAAAGCCUUGUAAUGAACUGUGAAUUGUAUCUGACAUUAUGAUAAUUGGAAAGAAAACGGAGUCAAUAACAAAUUGUCUUUUCAGAAAGUACAUACUCGAUCAAAGUGUCAGCUGCUAAAAACGUGUAAUGAAAAAAUUGAUACAAUUUUUUAUUUUUUAAUCAUUCGUUAUAUUAUAAGGCAAAUAUAUUUUUAAAUAAUAAUGUGAAAUUUUUGAAUAAAAUCUGAAGCCAUAAGGAUCUUUCAUUACAAACCC